UGUCACCACUAUGCUAUCGGUGCUAUCGGUAUUAUUGUUGGUUUUGAAAGAUUGUAAAUUUAUUUGUCGUUUAUUUCUAAAGAUUUGUCUACUAAUUGCCAUUCUGCCCGACUUUGAAUACGGUUGAGAGCAACAAUGAACGACAUAAAGCAGCUGCAGAACAGCCUCGGCUACGGCAACGGGUUCGCAGUCGUGGACGCCACCAAAUCUACAAUCUUGGAUGUGCUGACGCGCACCGAACGCUUCCAGGUGAACGUCCGGCGACACAUCGACGACAACUACACAGAGUUUAUGCCCAACCACACCACGCCGGGAGUCUUCCUCGAUCAGAUUGGCUCGCUGAAGCGUGAGGUUGACGAUCUGCUGGACAAGGGCGCCAGCGAGGGAUUAGAGGCCCUGGAUGAGGCGAAUGCCAAGAUGGCGGCCAGUAGACGCCAGCUCCGCGAGAUCCUACUGGGCCUGGAGGUCAGCGACCACAUCCUGAAGGUGGACGAGGUAUUUCACUCGAUGGAGGAUGCCAAAAGCUGCAACGAUUACAUGCUUCUCCAGGAUCUGCUCAAUCGCCUGCGGGGGCUCAUCUACGGCGACGAGCCUGAUGCUGCCAAAGCGCCAGCGGCAACGACAUUAGCACCCGAGGUUCGGCGCAUAUUCCAGGAGCUCGAAUGCUACGGCACCAUGAAGGUCAAGUAUCUCGUGCAGGCCCAUUUGCUGCAGCAGAAUCUGCAGGAGCGCUUCGAUCGACUGGUCCAGCUGCAGUGCAAAUCCUUCCCAACCUCGCGCUGUGUCACACUGCAGGUCAGCCGAGACGAGGCCCAGCUCCAGGACAUCGUGCAGGCGGUCUUCCAGAAGCGCUACAGCCCCAACCGCCUUUGUGAUUUCCUGCUGGAGAACUGCAUAGAGCCGCUCAUCCUGCGACCGGUAAUGGUCGAGUAUACCGAGGCCACCGAGGGCCAGGGCCACGACCAGUUGUCACUCUCCUACUCCACCAAGGAGCCAAGCGCAACCCAGCUGCGUCCAAACUACAAAGACGUCCUAGCCCAUUUUCGGCUGCUGUUCCAAACGCUGGGCGGCAUCAACAUCAGUGUGUCCAGCGACCAGCAUGUGUUCGGUAUCAUUGGGGAACAUGUGAAGGAUAGGAUGCUGAAGCUGCUGGUGGACGAGUGCCUUAAGGCGGCCGUGCCCGAGACCAUGGAGGAGUAUCAGUCGUCCACGCUGUGUGAGGAUGUCACCAACUUUGAGCAGUUUCUGGCCGACGUCUACCUGAUUUAUCCUGCUCAGGAUCGUGCCCUGGCCCUGUUUGUGGAGAAGUACCCGACCUACUAUCGAAAUCGCCUGCUUCGUCGCGUUCUGGAGACUGCGCGCGACAUCGUUCAGCGCGACCUGCAGGACAUGAUGCUGGUGGCGCCUAACAAUGGUCCCACCGAAGUGGCCGCCAAUCCCCUGCUCUUUCCCCGCUGCAUGAUCUCCAAGAGUGCACAGGACUAUGUCAAGCUGAUGGAGCGCAUAUUGCGUCAGAACGUUAAUGUGGAGUCCGAGAGCGGCAAUCCGCUGUGUGAUAUCAACGCCAGCCUGCUCCAGACAUACAUCGACCAGGUGCCGCUGGUGCAUCGCAAGCUGCUCGAAAGCAUUCCACAGCAAUCGGCGCUGUUCCACAACAACUGCAUGUUCCUUACCCACUGGGUGGCGCAGCAGGCCAACAGGGACUUCAAGAGUCUGCCGGCGCUGACCAAGUCACUGCAGGCCACCGGUCAGCGUUACUUGAGGGUGCAGAUCGACUACCAGAUCUCCAUUUUAAAAGAGAUCAUGGACGGCUUUGAGUUCCAAAGCCAGCACACCCUGGGCACGGGCCCCCUGAAAAUGGUGCGUCAGUGUCUGCGGCAGCUGGAUCUGCUUAAGAAUGUGUGGGCUAAUGUGCUGCCGGAGACGGUGUACAAUGCCACCUUUUGUGAACUUAUCAAUGCCUUAGCCGCGGAGCUCAUACAACGUGUGUUUACGCUGCGCGACAUAUCCGCCACCAUGGCCACAGAGCUGAGCGAUCUAAUCGAUGUUGUCCUGGAGCGUGGACCGACCCUCUUCCCCGAGCCGCACGAAGUGCUGCAGGUAAGUCUAUGGAUGAAGCUGCAGCAGCUGAAGACCAUCAUGAACGCCUCGCUGAAGGAGAUCACGGAGCUAUGGUGCAACGGCGCCGGACCGUUGACCGCCAAUUACAAGUCGGACGAGGUUCGUCACCUUAUUAGGGCGCUGUUCCAGGACACAAGCCGCCGAGUUCAGGCAAUGGCAAAGAUCUCCUAGACGCACAGCUAGGGAUGUAGGUAGCAAUUAGUAUGUAAAGGAUUUCCCAUAUAUUUUGUAAAUAUUAUUACUACUUUUAUUAGCCGAGAAUAUA